AUGUUCUCCACGAAGGUUUUCAUAGGUUUCAUUGCGGUGGCGACUGCCCUGGCUGCUCUGGCACAAGAACCUGGCUUCAUAUGGGACAAGCUGGAGACGAGUACUGAAUUGAAGUGGACGGAUUGUUACACCCAGCCCUUGCAAUGUGCCCGAUUCCAAGUGCCUUUGAAUUAUUCUGACCCAGAAGGCAGGUCUGCGUCUAUAGCCAUGAUCAGGUUUCCAUCGCCUCUUGCUGGCACAGAGCAGUACAUGGGACCCGUUCUCUUGAAUCCAGGAGGUCCAGGUAGCAGUGGCGUAGAUUUGCUCGCAGAAGCCGGCGCAGUGUUUUCUCAGAUCCUUGGUCCUAAUUUUGACAUCGUUUCCUUUGAUCCCCGAGGUGUCGCAUUCUCUACACCCCGCGCAUCCUUCUUCCCCACCGAAGCGCAGCGGCAGUUCUUCGUCAGUUCGUCUUUCGACGACGUUAACGCGACUAGCGAUGGGGUAGCGCGCAUGUGGGCUCGCGCGCAGAUAUUGGGGGCCCUGGUUACUCGGCAAGACCAAAAGGACCACUUAAUCGAGCAUCUGAACACGGAGAACACUGCACGGGAUAUGCUUCGAAUGGUCGAGGCCCACGGGCAAGAGAAGCUUCAAUAUUGGGGGUUUUCAUAUGGCACAGUGCUCGGCGCCACUUUCGCUUCGUUAUUCCCAGACCGUGUAGGACGUCUUAUUCUUGAUGGCGUCGUGGACUCCGAGAAUUACUACGCCGCUCGUUGGUCGGACACCUUGGACACCGAUAAAACCCUACAAACCUUCUUCGAUAGCUGCUUCGAAGCUGGCCCUGACUUAUGUCCCUUCUAUGAAUCCUCGGCUCAGGCUAUUGCUCGCAAGCUAGACGAACUGACUCGAACUAUCGCCCUGCGACCGAUCCCGGUCAUCACUAAUACAUCCUACGGAUUAGUCGAUUACGCAAGACUCAGAGUCACGAUCUUUAAUAGCCUUUACGCCCCCUACGUGUACUUCCCCCCACUCGCUCAAGGUCUUGCGGAUCUGGUUCGUGGUAAUGGCACCGCGCUUUACCAAAUGCUUGAUACGCCGUUAUUCGAUUGUAAUUGUGGAACUCCGGUUCCACUGCCCACCAUCACGGAUGCUAUAUUUGCCAUCAGGUGCACUGACGGGCAGGAAGUACGUGAUACCGUUGACGACGCUGAAGACUACGUCCGCCAGUUGCUGCGUCUGUCGCAGUGGGGAGAACUUUUGGCCAUCGCGAGAGUUUCGUGCGCGGCGUGGCCCAGGCAGCAAAAUAAGCAUUUCAGAGGUCCCUUGGUGGGUAACACCAGCCAUCCCAUCCUAUGGAUUGGUAAUACGGCAGACCCAGUGACGCCAAUUGCAUCAGCACACAAAAUGGCCAGGGGCUAUCCUGGGUCCGUCGUCUUAACACAGGACUCACCUGGGCAUACAACCCUCGCCGCGCCAUCGAUCUGCACUGUCCAGCACAUCCAAAGUUAUUUAUUGAACGGAACGCUUCCUGCUGAAGGGGUUGUGUGCCCUGUGACCGGUCCCAUCUUCUCUGCCUCGCAGCCUUCGAACGAUACUACCCGAGGGUUAGCGGGGCGACAAGAGGCGGACCAAGACAUUAUUAGAGCUUUGGAGCGCCUCCGCCAGAGUUUCAAACUACGACCUCUUUUCUAG